AUGUUGGGCGUGACGCCAUUCUUGCUGGUCCUCGUAGCGCUUGUCGCAUCUGCUGUUGUCUCUGCAAGUGAUGUCUCCGUUGCUCGUCUUAGCCGCGAGCUUCGUAAACGUGAUACGGCUUCAACAGAUGCUUCUGAGUUCAAUGGGAAAACAUUUGACUAUGUGAUUAUUGGUGGUGGUCUCGCCGGUCUUGUGGUCGCGUCGCGCUUGACUGAGAAUCCCAAUAUAACAGUGGCUGUAAUUGAAGCUGGUACGUCUGGGACGGCCAAGAACGAGUCCGAGAAGAUCUUGCCACCCGCUGCGAACUUGUACAACUCUCCGGGUCAAACGUACAUGAACUGGCAUUACAAGACGGUUCCGCAACCACAGUUGAAUAAUAGGGUUGCCCCAUGGCCACGCGGGAAAGUUCUCGGUGGAAGCAGUGCUAUCAACGGUCUCUAUUACGUUCGUCACAGUGUCCACGAGCAGGAUGCGUGGGGCGACAUGAUCGGUGCUAAGGAUCUAUGGGGCUGGGAUAACAUGUACAGGGCCAUGAAAAAGUCAGAAGCGUUCACCGCACCGCUGGACUCUGUGGCCCAAAUUGAUCAAAUUUCACCCAACCCAGACUCCCAUGGAAUGAAUGGCCCGAUCAAUUCUACUUGGCCUGCAGUGACAUACGACUGUGUCGGUGCGUUUGUUAAUGCCAGCUCGAGCGUUGCCACGCCGCAUGCCAAGGACCCCUACGGUGGCACUAAUCUUGGAACUUACGUGGCAACCUUGAACAUCAACCCGUCUAAUUGGACGCGUAGCUUUGCCCGCACUGGUUAUUAUGACCCUUACGUUUAUCGCUCGAACCUUCAUGUUCUUACUCGCCACCUGGUUACAAAAAUCGAAUUUGACACAAGUGGUAAGCAGAUUAAGGCUACCGAUGUGAAGUUCAAGUCGGACCCUAACUCUGACGAAUACACCGUCAAAGCUGGUCGCGAGGUUAUCGUCAGCGGCGGCGCUAUCAAUACGCCUCAGAUCUUACAGCUGUCUGGUAUUGGUGACAAGAACUUCUUGAAAUCUAAAGGCAUCGAUGUUGUGCUCGAAUCCCCAGCUGUUGGCUACAACCUUCAGGACCACAUCUCUGGAGGUGUCGAAUGGCACCCUAAGGAUAGCACAAAGAUGCCGCCUUCGGAUACCAAUGAGUCAAAGGAGGUCAACUCUUACACAAACAAUGGAGUUGCAUAUGUGAAUGGUUCACAAGUUCUCAAGGAUCAAUGGAACUCGUAUAUCGACCAAGUGAAGGGCAACAAAUCUAAGGCUGUCGAUGCAUACAAUGGCACGGACGCCGCCAAGAAAGGCUACGACUUGACAUACUCGACUGUGCUUGGGGUUAUCCAAAAGAACGUCGCAACCAUUGAGAUGCUUUUCUCUAUGGCAUUUGGCCAGGUUCAGGUUCAAUCGGCUCUACAGCAUGCUUUCUCUCGUGGUCAUGUGUUAGUGAACUCGAAUGAUCCAUUCCAGGCCCCUGACAUUGACCCCCGCUACUUUGAACAAAGUUCGGACUUGGACAUGCUUCGAGGUGCAUUCAAGCUUGCACGUGAAGUAGGACAGGCGCAGCCUCUGAAUUCGUUCUUGGACCAGGAGACUCAUCCUGGAACAAACGUGACGUCUGAUCAAGACUGGGAUAACUUCAUUCGUGAUCGCGUCGGCACUGAGUAUCAUCCGAGUGGUACUGCUGCGAUGCUUCCUCAGGACAAAGGCGGUGUUGUUGACAAGAACCUUAUGGUGUAUGGCACGUCGAACUUGCGUGUCAUAGAUGCCUCUGUGGUGCCUUUUGUGGUCGCAUCGCAUUUCAUGUCUCUUGUAUACGGCGUCGCUGAGGUUGGUGCUGAAGUUGUCUUGGAUGCUUACAAACAAUCAAACUCUGGUGGCGACGGCGAAAAGAAAGAUAAUGGCAAUGCUAAGGACGCAGAUGGCCAUUCAGGAGGCGCAGCUAGCGCUGGCGCAAAAAAUUCGACUGGCAAAAGUGACUCCGACAACAAUGCUCAAGACGCGAGCUCCACGUUGUACACCAGCUCCAAAGUUUACUCUACCAUUCUAAUGAGCGUUGUUGUUGCAUUUUUCACAUUUUACAUCUCCUUCUAA